AAAUUAGUCUUGUACCUAACGCAUCCACUGCACCCAACCAAACAAAAAACUGUCGUGGAAAACAACCACUAAGAAGCAUUGCACCUAUAGCAUCAAACCAAGAUCCAGAAUCAUCACCUUAUUAUAAGUUAUCAAAUACGGAGUAUAUUGUCCAAUUUACUACAAGACAAAGCAUAGCCCACAGGAAUCAAACAAAAGAAAUCGUUAGGAAGAUGCCUAGCUAGGGGGAGCUGACAUGACCGAUACGUAUUAUGGAGGGAAACUUCUUGGCAAUUGCUCUGACGAUAAGAUCCAGCCACCAGAAAGGUGUUAUUCCCCAUCCCCCCCUACCCCUCUUCUGCGCAUCCCACACACAGAUUGACGAGAGAGAAGCCAUGGCGGGCAUCGGGGCCAUGAUUGCCGCUGCACUUUUGAAGGAGGUGGUGCAGCAGAUUGGUUCGUUGGUGGGAGGUCAGAUCAAGCUGCAGCAGAACUUCGACAAGGACCUCAAGGAGAUGAAGACUACCCUCGAGUCCAUUGAGGCGCUCUUCAAGGACGCUGAGCACACCAACACCAACAAUUCCAUGCGUUUGUGGCUCGAUCGUCUCAAGAACGCCAUGUAUGGCAUCGCCGACAUGAUUGAUGAUUUUGAAGCGGGAACUGAGGCUGAUCCAACACGCAAGUUCUCUAUCAAGAAACAUCUAACAGUUAUGAUGCCUUGUUUCACAAUCGGACCCAAGUUCACAAUGGCUAACAAGAUGAAGAUGGUGAGAGAGGAACUGCAGGGGAUCACAGAUCAAUACCAGAAAUUCAUGUUAGUGCCGGGCACUAAUGCCGAUGAACCGAAUCUGAUACAAAUGCGUGAAACAUCAUCAACCAUUGAGGCAUUAGUCAUUGGGAGGACCGAAGAGGAAAAUAAAAUAUGGGUUUCUUUAGCUGAGAGCAUAAUAGAAGAGCUCAUUGUCCUUGCAAUACACGGCAUUGGAGGCCUUGGCAAGACGACCCUAGCGAAAAUGAUUUACAAUAAUAAAACAAAAUUUGAAGACUACAUCCGGGUAUGGAUUUAUGUAUCGGAGACAUUUGAUUUGAACAAAAUUGGCAAUUCAUUAAUAAGUCAACUGUCAGAGAAUGAGAGUCCCUACACUGAAAAGCAGAUGAUACAUAGAUCACUUGCAAAGCUACUCGCCAAUAAGAAGAUUCUGAUUAUUCUAGAUGAUUUGUGGGUGGAGGAUGAUUCCCAAUUGGAUAGUCUGAUUGCCAUGCUUAAGGUUGGAACGGGUAGCAAGGUAGUUGUUAUAGCAACCACACGCAAUGAGGAGAUUGCGAGGAAAAUUUCGGCCAUUCAUAGUCAAACAAAAAUUUCGACCAUCCCCCCACAUGAGCUAGCAUCACUGACGGAUGAGAUGUGUUGGACUAUAAUUAAGCAAAAAAGUGGCUUUGAAUCUAGAGAUGAUAAAGAACAGUUGAAGGACAUUGGGGAAGCCAUUGCAGUGAAGUGUGGAGGUGUGGCUUUAGCUGCUCAAUCAAUUGGACCCAUUUUGGAAACUAUGACCUAUCAUCAAUGGAAGAAAGUGAGAGACAGUGAUAUCUGGAAAGUAUCUGCUUCUUGUUUAGAUCCAAAAGAUAAAGCUGUAACACGGGUGCUUGCAUCCUUGAGGUUAAGCUAUACUUUUAUGCCUCGGUAUUUGAAGCUCUGCUUUGCCUAUUGGUCAAUCUUCCCAAAAGGAUUCGAGAUAUCUAAAGAUGAUCUAAUUCACCAGUGGAUUUCUCUUUCUUUUAUUGGGGCAACACCAACAUUCACCGCUUGGGAACUCGGCGAGAUGUACAUUACUCAGCUUUUGAAGCUUUCCUUCCUUCAACAUUCAAAGACUGCACGAUUCCGCUAUGGCGAUGCCAAUGUUACAACGUUCACCAUGCAUGACCUGUUGCAUGAUCUAGCAAGAUCGGUGAUGGACGACGAAUUUCUUCUGGCUGGCAAUGAUGGCAACAUUGAGGGAAACCGCUGCCACUAUGCACUGCUCAAUGAUUGUAGCAAGGCAUUGGAGACACUGGAGGAUAAGGGCAAUCCGUUUUAUGGGUUCGGAUGAAAUUCGACUUGAUGAUGCUACAUUUUCCUCUGCUAAAUCCCUGCGUGUCUUGGACUUGAGCGAGUGCUCCAUUCAUAAAUUGACAAAAUCAAUUGGCGGAUUCAAGCAGUUGAGGUAUCUUAAUGCUCCAAGAGUAAUACAUGAAUUUAUCCCAGAUAGCAUCACUAGGCUAUCAAAAUUACGUUAUCUCAGUCUUCGAGAAUCUUCACUAUCUGCCCUGCCAGCGUCAAUCGGAGAAAUGGAGGGUCUGAUGUAUCUUGAUUUGUCACUCUGUCGGAGAAUCAAAGAACUGCCAGAAUCAUUCGGGAAGCUAAAAAAGUUGGUGCAUCUUGAUUUGUCAAAAUGCUCUGCUUUAGAAAAUAUAUCCAAGUUUAUGUGGAGCCUCAUGGACCUACAAUAUCUUGAUUUGUCAGGCUGUCGGAGAAUUAAAGAACUGCCAGAAUCAUUUGGCAAGCUAAAAAAGUUGGUGCAUCUUGAUUUGUCAAACUGCUCUGCUUCGGAAAAUAUAUUGAAGUUUAUGUGGAGGCUCACGGACCUGCAAUAUCUUGGUUUGUCAGGCUGUGAGGGAAUUAAAGAACUGCCAGAAUCAUUCGGGAGGCUAAAAAAAUUGGUGCAUCUUGAUUUGUCAAAUUGCUCUGCUUUGGAAAAUAUAUCAAAGUUUAUGUGGAGCGUCACGGACCUGCAAUAUUUAAACUUAUCAGGUUGUUAUCGUAUUGGAUGGCUACCAGAAUCUCUAGAUGGCUUUACUAGUCUAAAAUACUUAAAUCUACAUGGGUGCCUUCGAUAUGGUGAAAAUGACAGUUUGAUGGACCGUAUCAGUGCCCUUUCCAAUCUGGAGCAUUUGGACUUGUCUUGGAAUGAUUAUAUUAUCUCUCUGCCUGAAAGUUUUUGUAACCUGAGAAAGCUGCACACACUGGACCUCUCGUACUGCAAAUAUAUUAAGAAGAUACCAGAAAAUAUGGGUAGAAAUGAUAGUUUGAAGACCCUAUAUUUAAAGGGCUGCCAUCGUCUUCGUGAAGAACCUGUACCUCAUCCUAGUACCAGUUUCGUAUCAUUACCACGUUUUCAGGUGCGCGUUGGAGAUGGUGAAUCCAGCAGCAAUCUUGUCUGCUUAAAGGACACGAAUCCUCAGAGGCUGGAAAUAGUCUGGCUUGAAAAUGUGAAGUCCGCAGAAGAGGCUCAGAGUAUAAAGUUGAUGGAAAAAAACAAGCUCCAAGCAUUGGAAUUGUCAUGGACAGUAGGUGCUGAGAGGUUUGUGGAUGAUAAAGUGUUGUUGGAGAAACUAGUGCCACCGAAAAGUUUACACGGCUUGGCAAUAAUGGGUUAUAAUGGCGUCAGCUUGCCAACAUGGGUCGGCCAACAGAAUUCCGUGACACUAACCAGCAUGGAACAUCUGCAAGAGUUGAGUGGCAUGUCGACUGCGUACUCUGAGUUGAGCAUAAAUUAUUGUCCCAAGUUGAGGAUGCGACCACUUCUUCCUAGAGCAGUUCGCAGCUUGAGGAUAAGAAGGAGUGAUAAUGUGCUGUCAUCAUGGGGAGAGUGUACAAUGUCAAGCACCGGUGCUUCCUCCUCCUCUUCUUCUUCUUCUUCAGGAUUAACCACUGCAGUUGGUCUGAUGGUUGGAUACAGUGAGCUGCCCAUGCAGCAGUGGAGACUGCUUCGCCACCUCUCUGGCCUCGAUUAUUUAAAUAUCGAGAGUUGUUCUGACCUGACAGUCUCCCCUGACAUCAUCCCACAUCUGUCCUCUGUUACACAUCUGAAGAUAAGGACAUGCAACAUCUCAUCACUGCCGCAUUGGGUCAUGGACUUAACAGGUCUCCAGAAACUUGAGAUAGAAGGUUGUAGAGGCAUCAGGUCUUUGCCGGAGGGCAUACAAAAACUCACCAAGCUCCAAAGACUUGAGAUUGACGGAUGCCCUGAUUUGAACAAGUGGUGCGAAUCGGAGGAAAACAAGAUGAAGCUCGCUCACAUAAAAGAUAAGGCUUUGUGGUGUCGCAUUUCAUCGGAGUGACCGUUGUACGACGCGUUGGUCCCCCUCAGCAUCCCUCUGCUGUUCGACUACUUCCUCUACAGCCGAGGGUUCGUGGAACAUGGGCAAGGGGAAGGCCGACGGCGUGGGUUUCCUACGCAAGGUCAUCGGCCUGCCUAGUCGGAUUGGUCGAGCACGUAAUCCUCCCCCUCGGCUACUUGACGAUGACUCCUCACAGGGAGGUCGAGG